AUGGACCAGACAACGGCCAAACAAACUCUACAAGACCUCGUCAGGCGAGACGACCUCAAGAACAAAAUAUGUAAUGACUGCUCAAAUCCAAAUCCUCAGUGGGCAUCGCUCAGUUUCGCCGUGUUUCUCUGUCUCCAAUGCGCCGGUACGCACAGAGGAUUUGGUGUGCACAUAAGCUUUGUACGGUCAAUAUCUAUGGACACCUGGCAGGAGGACAAGAUCAAACGGAUGCAACUCGGUGGUAAUGGGCCAUUUCGAGACUUCAUGAAAUCCUACGCUCCCGCCGACCAAGGAGGUUACAGAGAAGGCAUGACCCCAUAUGAUACAUACCAUUGUUGGGCUGCUACCCAAUAUCGGGAAAAGCUGGAUGCUACGUUAGCGGGAAAACCGUGGUCGCCUUCGCCCCCCUCAGAAUCCACAAAAUCUCCCAACGGCUCCGCCUCUCCGGGACGCCCGUCCUCAGCCCAAGGCCUUCGAAAGUCUCGGGCUUCUGCACGCUCUGCCACCGGUAGCACGCUUCGUGGUGAUUCUCCAUCCUCACCCGCCGGUUUCAAUAGCAAUUCUCCUGAUAGGACGGGAACUCCAGUGGAUCAGAAGACCGCGAAUGAAAGCUACUUUGCUUCCCUAGGCCAGGCAAACGCCGUUCGCCCUGCUGAUCUCCCACCUUCACAAGGUGGUCGCUACCAAGGCUUUGGGAGCACUCCCAGUCCAGCCGGUACACAACACCCGUCUUACGGGCUAUCGUCAGCCGCGGCCCCCACACUGAACGAGUUCCAGGAGAACCCGAUGGCCGCGCUGAGCAAGGGCUGGUCACUGUUCUCAGCUGCUGUCAGUGGAGCUUCACGAGUGGUCAGCGAGAACGUCAUCCAACCAGGCAUGGAGAAAGUUGCCGACCCGAGUCUUCGGGCCAAUCUGGGAGGUUAUAUGACAGAGGCUCAGAAGCGUGCUGCUGCUCUAGGGAGCUCGGCUAAUCAAUGGUCAAAAUCUCAAUUUGGUAUUGAUGUGGCAGAUAGUGUGGGCAAUGCGGUGGGGACCGUACGUGAUCGUGUUGGUGGAGGGCCACAACGAAACGGCUACGGACAACUUGCGACCGACCACGAUGGCGAGACAUCUGCGCUCUACCACGACGAUGACGACCUCUUCAACGAAUAUAACAGUAGUCCGUCCACCCAAUACACCAGUUUCAACAACGGUCAACAAAUCAACUCUAAUACCACCCCCGCCUCUACUACCAAAGCGAAGGAGGUGAAAAAGGACAACUGGGAGGAUGACUGGAAGGAUUUUUAG